CGACAUCUCAAUCUUAGCCUUCUCAAUUCAUUGUCAGCCACUAAGACCCGCCCAGAUGAGCUCACUCUACUGAAAUGGGCGCGAGAUGAAGAACAAUGAAACAGCGCCGGGCGUCACGCGUACAAAGGGGCUGCCAAGGUGAGGCUCGACCGCCAGGGCAAGGCAAAGAAGCAAGCUCAGCUUUGAGCAACUCCCUGCAACCUUCCCUCUGCUCCGUACCAUCCCCCGUCUUCCCUUCAUCUAGACAUCCUCGAGUCACCGCUGGCGGUCGAUUCUCCCCCCUCUUCAUCUCCUCUUGCAUCUCCAACCAGACAUUCAUUCCCACCCACGCUUCAUCCCACACGGCUCGUGAUUGCCUUCUAUUAGGACCUGCGGACCCUUCUUCAUCCGCACUCCCUGCACACCGUUGCGUAAAAAGGCCCUUGUCCGCGGCAUAGACAUUCCCCCUCACCCAUCUCUCGCAAGCACAACAUGGUCACAGCCAACAUCGGGCGCUGGGCGCUCCUUCCCCUCAUCCUAGCCCUGUCCGCCUCCGCAGGCAAGCUGCAUCGCCGUGUCCCCUCUGCGGCCGGCCUCGCUCAGUAUGCCUCUGGGCGCAAGUCCAACUCGCCCGCAGCUGCGCAAGCUGUCAUCCAGGCCAUCGGCGACCAGCCGCCCUCCUUGGCCGCCAUCAAGGCAGCUAGCGUCAAGCACGCCCAGAGCCACUACAAUUCAUCGACUCACUCGUCGCACAAGAACUCGAGCUCGAGCCCUUCGGGCCACAAGGUGCCGACCUAUCCUCAGAUGCUCGACAUCGGUGAGGUGUACCUGAGGGACCCUACCAUCAUCUACGACGCCAAGCUCAAGCAAUACAUCGUGGCGGGCACCGACGACAAGCUCGUCUACUACUCUUCCUCCAACCUCACUGGCCCAUACACGCGCAACGGUAACUGCCUCUCUGCCACGCCCAACAUUCCCAACCCAGGCGUCGCCUCCCCUUGGGCCCCAUCUCUCUUCUACAACAGCGCCGCACAAGUCUACCAAGUCUUCUACUGCGUGAGCGCCUUCGGGACGCGCUCGUCAGCCAUCGCCCUCGCGGUGAGCAGUACGGGCGAGCCGGGCUCGUUCCAAGACAAAGGCGCCCUCUUCUUCAGCUCGGACAGGACAGACUACAACGCGCUGGACCCUGCCCUCACGCCGGAUGGGGGCCAUCUCUCCUACGGCUCCUACUUCGGCGGUGUGUACAUCGCAAAGAUGACGCAAGGCAGUGGAGGAGACGCGAGCGUAUCGCCAGACAAUCUGCCGGGCACACUGGUUGCAGCUGGCUACGCCAACGGCAACCCAGUGGAGGGCUCAUACGUCUACGAGUCCAAGCAGCAGGAUGCAGAAGGCUACUACUACCUCUUCGUGUCGCAGGGUCAGUGCUGCGGUUUCGACCUCGCGCACCUUCCCGCGGAUGACACGACAGAGUACAAGGUGCUCGUAGGUCGUUCAAAGAGUGUCACUGGCCCCUAUCUCGACAAGCAAGGCAAAGAUAUGGCAGAAGGUGGCGGGUCGCUCGUCCUGAGCAGCUCUCCAGGAGCCACGUACGCCCCAGGGGGCCAGUCGGUGUAUCGUGAUCCGGUAUCAGGGAGGGACGUAAUGGUAUUUCACUACUCUCAAAAGAGCGAUGCGAAUGCUUAUGCUAGGCUGGGGAUGUACUACCUCGACUUUGAGGGUGGUUGGCCAAGUGUCGUCGGCAAGUAAGAGGCGACGCAGAGGGGUACAUAUCCUCUCUUGUACACACGACAUCAUGCAUACCUGCAGCAGCCACCGCACAGACAAUCCAUUACGCGCCGUUUUCCUCUCAUGUAGCGCUCGUAGCUCAGACCGCCCCGUGCAAUCUCAAACACCUCAACACAACCUCCUCUUCUGCCCCAUUGCCCACCCCACCCUCCUCUCUCGGAAUGAGA